UCUUCGCCGACCAGAAAAUUUCCGAGAUUAUCCGUCGUCUAAUUCAAAACGAAAAUUACUGUACAUAGUUUAUGGCAAAUGGUUAUGUAAACCACCAAGAACUAUUUCUACUUUUAUUUGGAUAACAGAGAAGGCAAUGUCUGCGUUGCAAGAAAAACUGGAAAACACUAUUACAGAGUACAAACUUUUACGACAAGGUGCUGGUUUCGGUACAACUCGACAUAAAGAUGAUCUAUGUGCAAAAUCCGUCGCUUUCAUUGUAUAUGGAUUGUUAUCGGAAAUUGAGACAAUGUAUUCUUUGUUGAUAAGAAAAGGAACCUCGUUACCUCGUGUCUAUAAUAAAAUCGGAAGAUUGGUAUUCACAUCAAGCAGCGGAAAGAUUUUGAAAGAUGAAGAUAUAGUCUCUAAGUUUUCGAAUUCGAGCAUCGACAAGGGUCAGCAAAUUUCUGAAAUUAUCCGUCAUUUAAUUCAAAACGAGAAUUACAUAGUUUACGGCAAAUGGUUAUGUAAACCACGAGAGAAUAAAACAGAAAAAUGCGAACCCAUCGAAAAACUAUUUAGUCAAGAUAAGCUCAAAAAAUACCAAGUUCAACCUCCAAGAAAGCUUUACAAUGAAUUUAACAAAACUUGCAAAAAAUGUCACGAACAAAGAUUUAUUUCUAGCUUUCGUCUUUAUACACAACGAGCCGUAAAAAAAGAAGAAACGUGUAAAGUAGAAAUCUUUUUGCAUCUAGAAUGGAAUAAACAUUAUAAAGUAUUUGGAUCUUGGAAAUGUCCGAAUUGCGAGAAAAGAUGGACAAGCGCGCAUACUUGGAUUUCUCUUCAAAAAUAUAUCGAUGACUCCAAGGAAUUAAAGAAGGAUGAUUAUUACAUGCAAAAAUGUAGCGGUAAACAAUGUCGUAAUCUUAAUACGAGUAUCAUCACCAAUUUCGAACCUUUAAAAAGAUCGGAUUUUGUUGAUAAAAAUCCUCAUAGAGAAGAUUUAUGUGCAAAAUGCAUUGCGGGCCAUUGGUGUGUAAAAGGAUGA